UGUGUACAAAAUUGACCAUUGUUGUUCAUGACAUGAUAUUUUUUCCUGCUUGGUUCCCUCCCUGACGCGGUUUAUGAUUGAAUCCGGCGUUACAAAUACAAAAGCAUACGCACGUUAACACAAAGUACAAAAACACCGACCUGCAGUGCUCUUUGUCUUUCUCUCUAUAAAACUUGUUUUCUCUCUCAUUUUCUUCCUCUGCUCCUCUCACAAGCUUCUACGUCACCGUUUCAAUUCAACAACAUAACCUAGCACACCUGUCAUUGGAUUUGAAAUUCGUGAUACAUUAUGUCUACCGCAACCAAGGGUGAUAGGAAGACAGCAAUUGAUGUGGCAUCAUGGAUGUUCAAUAUAGUCACAUCUGUGGGAAUAAUCCUUGUGAAUAAAGCCCUCAUGGCUACAUAUGGUUUCAGCUUUGCUACAACGUUAACUGGUCUGCAUUUUGCCACAACGACCUUGCUGACAGUCAUUCUUAAGUGGCUGGGAUAUAUCCAAACCUCUCAUCUUCCCUUACCUGAUCUUAUCAAAUUUGUCUUAUUUGCAAAUUUCUCUAUUGUCGGAAUGAAUGUGAGUUUGAUGUGGAACUCCGUUGGUUUCUAUCAGAUUGCUAAGUUGAGCAUGAUUCCGGUAUCUUGUUUCCUGGAAAUUGUAUUGGACAAUGUGCGAUAUUCAAGGGACACAAAGCUCAGCAUUUCUCUAGUUCUCCUUGGCGUAGCUGUAUGUACAGUCACUGAUGUGAGUGUCAAUGCUAAGGGUUUCAUAGCUGCUGCAGUGGCAGUUUGGAGCACCUCAUUGCAGCAAUAUUAUGUGCAUUUUCUUCAGAGGAAGUAUUCUCUUGGAUCAUUUAACUUGUUGGGACACACUGCACCAGUACAAGCAGCAAGUUUACUGCUAGUAGGUCCCUUUGUGGACUAUUGGCUUACAAACAAACGAGUUGAUGCCUACAACUAUGGUUUGACAUCCACGUUGUUCAUCAUUGCGUCUUGCACUAUCGCAGUGGGGACAAACCUCAGCCAAUUCAUCUGCAUUGGAAGGUUCACGGCUGUAUCAUUCCAAGUUCUAGGACACAUGAAGACUAUUCUGGUACUGGCCCUAGGAUUCUUUUUCUUUGGAAAAGAAGGUCUCAAUUUACAAGUAAUUUUAGGCAUGUUCAUUGCAAUAUUGGGAAUGAUAUGGUAUGGCAAUGCAUCUUCUAAGCCAGGAGGGAAAGAUCAUACCCCCAAGGCACAAGAGUAUAGUGCAGUACCAGUAUCCUCUGAAACGGAUCAAGAAAUAUAAUUUUUGAUGCAAAUGAAGUGGUGAAACUUAUGGUGAAUUGCAUGAAAUCAGGAGCCCUUUAGGGUCACCUGAUUCAUUUUCUUUUUGAUUUUUUUGGUUACAAUUUCUUUAUGAAUAUGGAAAAGAAUUUGCAAAAGUAGGUGCCACCAAUGAACAAUUAAAUUUCAUGUUUUUA